AUGCAGACGAUGAAGCUGGCUGGAGUCGUAACACCGCAGUCGCCGACGUGCAUGAACUGGAACUUGACCAGCAGGGGCUCGGUCGGUACUGCUGUACCUUUGACCCGCUCCCACAAGGCCAACGAUCGCGAUCACAAGGGUCUCGCCGAAGGCACCGCCCUCCCAGUUGAGCAUCUGCCCCGAUACUUUGCCAAGAGUGGCUACGCCGACGUCGAUCCCAAAAAGAUCAAAAAGGACGGCGCUGGCAAAGGCAAUUGGGGUACCUUUCAUGAAGAGAUUGCCGACGAGGACUUCACCUUCACCAAUGCUCGUCGUCGCUCCAACAGCAGUACCGUGUCACACCAUGGCAAAGACUUUAGGACCAAAUUUGAGGUUAUUGACACUGAGCCUGUCUUCGAAGAGUCUGUCCACGGUCCCCUCGUUGAAGAGGAGGAAAACGGCGAUGAUCUCUCCAAGACCGAUUCGUCUGAGAGCGGCCACUCGUCUUAG